UUCACCUCUGCCUUCUCCAGCCGAGGUGUCCCUGGAAAUGUCAUCGGCAAAGACGGCAAGGCCGCCUUCGGUCCCUCUAACGCUUUCGCUCACUUCGGCUACAAGAUCAACAGCAAAGAGGAGAUCAUCUGCUUUGACAUCCGCACCGUCAAUGUCACUGGCGACUACCAUUCCCACGUCUUCACUGCCACUCACAUCGGUCAGGGCGCAGCUGGCGCUCUCGGUACUCCAAGGAUCGCCUUCCCGAACCCAGUACAUGUUCGAACAGACCACACUGGUGCCGAGAUCCGUGAGAGCAAGGGAUGUCUCCAAGGUCCCUUCAUGACCAACUUCACCCUCAACGGUGUCGACACUGGCAGCAACUCUGGCUUCACCCUCUCCCAGAUCGAAGCCAAUCCAUCCGGCUUCCUCACGGACACGCACACUACCGACUAUAUUCACGGCGCCGUUCGAGGCCAGCUC